AUGCUCCGCCUAACCGCUUCUAGAGCGGUUGUUCGACUCCAAGCCACGUCGCGCGCUCUAGCCUCCGCUACAGUCACUUCGCGCGCUUACGUCACACCCUCUACAGUCACGUCGCCCGCUUUUGUCACCCCCGCUACAGUCACGUCGUUGUCCUCGGGGCUACGGUUCUGCAGCCCGCUCGUUCCGCGAGUCGGGCGAUUCGCGGCGCCCCGCCAACGAGAAUCCGCUACCGCGCCGCCGCGACAGCCGCUGCGCGUGUUCUGCUCAUGGAAAAAGAAGGACACGCGGAACAUUGGGGGGCGCGCCAAUGCCCUCAUUGCUGCUAUCCGUGACGUGCCAGACAGCAAGGAGGACGUGUACCGGGCUCUGGACGCAUGGGCGGCCUUCCAGCUCGACUUUCCUCUGCUGGCCGUCAAGCGCGCGUUGAGAAUAAUGCAGCAGGAGGGCCAGUGGAAGCGAAUACUGCAGGUGUGCAAGUGGAUGUUGGCUCGUGGGCAGGGCAGAACGUUCGGCACAUAUGAUCUCAUGAUGGAGGCCAUGGCUGCCACGGGGCGCCAUGCUGAGCUGGACGGCACGUGGGAACGAAUCAUGGGCCGCCACCUGGACACGGUGCCACGCGCCACGUUUGCACGCGUGAUGAGCCUGUACACACAGCAGGGACGGCCACUGAAAGUGCUCGAGGUGUACGGCAGUAUGAUAGAGCUGGGUGUGAACCUGGAUGAAGGGAUGGUGAUGCAGGUGCACAGGGCGCUAAUUAACAUUGGGGCGGAGCAGAGAGCAGAGGCGCUGCUGCAGGAGCACCAGAGCGUUUUGUCUCCACCAGUUGGGAAGGCUGUUAGGGCUGAGAAAGCCUCCAGUAGUGCUAGAACACUAUGA